GCCGGUCUUGCAGCAGGAAAAAGCGCCAACUUCUGUUGCCCCGUCUGAACGUGAACGCUUUAGAAAGUCUGCAUAUUUUUCGAAACUUAAAUCUGUGAUGACUCAAUUAGUGGGGGGCGCUGUUGCGUCUCUUUAGGGAACAGGAAAGUCCAACCAGAGAAGAUGCCGAGUCUCCAGGGCGACAGUGUGGUGGCCAGCCCCGUGAAGAGGAGCAAACUCUCCCUGAAGUUCUUCCAGAAGAAAGACACCAAACGGGCUCUGGAUUUCUCCGAGACUCAGUCAGAUGAGCCAACAACAACAACAGCAAGUGAACCAGAGGAGCCGUCAGCAAGCUGUGAGCAGGUGGUCUAUGGUCCCGCUCCCUGUCCAGCUUCACCCGGCAUUCCUCUGCCAUAUCAGAAGAGAGACAACUUGUUGCCAUUUGUGGGAUUCAACAACCUGGGCAACACCUGCUAUCUGAACAGUGUCUUGCAGGUUCUGUAUUUCUGUCCAGGGUUCAGAGAAGGACUGAAGAAGCUCUACAACUUGUCCAAAAGAAAAGAAAAAGACAAGCCAAAGGAAGACACUGAAAAAAGUGAAGAGCAGUCAGAUUGUGCGUCCGACACUCUGCCAGCUCACAUUGAGCUCAUCGGGAGCUUCAACAGUCUGAUAACGUCGGUGGAGGAGCUGCAGUCCAACUUCCUGCUCAACCCUGAGAGCUUCAGUGAAGGAGAACUGGCCACGCCGCCUCGGAAAGUCCUGCACACACUCAGACGGCUGAAUCCCAUGUACGAAGGCUUUCUCCAGCAUGACGCUCAGGAGGUCCUGCAGUGCAUCCUGGGAUAUAUCCAAGAGGCCUGUGACACCAUCAAAAAGGAGCAGGAUUUGGAGAAAGUGGAAGAUGGUGGCGUUGCGGAAGAUAAAGUGGAGAACGACGGCCAAUCUGGGACAGAAUCCAAACCUCCCACCGAUGAUGACGGUCAAGUCAGCGGCAAGAGGAAGAGCGACACCGAGGUUGGAAAUGCCAAGAAGAAGCCCAAGUCUGUUAAGUGUAAGAAAUCUGACACCUCAGAGGAAAACCUUUGUAGAAACAUGCCCUUCACUCGCUCCAAGAGGAAGUCCUCCACGGACAUCACACUGGACAGCGCUCAGAAUAAAGAUGGAACAACGAAAGUGAAUAAGAAAGGUGGUCAUGAGGAAGAAGAGGAAGAAGAUGAAGAAGCAGCGAAAGAUGAAACGGCAUCUAAAAGUGCAGAUGGGAAGAGGAAGAAGAAAGGUAAGCUGAGCUGGCUUAGAUCGGCUGGGAAACAGCCCAGCAUUUUCUCCAAGUUCUGCAGCGUGGGAAAGAUCAGCGCCACAACCGCCAAGAUCAAAGCGGAGCCUGAAGACGGACCAGCAGACGAGCAGGAGGACGAGGCGGGACAACGGGUGCCGGCUCAGAGCCCGGCCGAGGACAAGAAUGCAGAGAAACAUCAAGGAGGUCUGGGCUUGAUGGAGGAGUUGUUCCAGGGUCAGCUGGUUCUGAGGACUCGAUGUCUUGAGUGUGAAAGCUUUACGGAGCGGAGGGAAGACUUCCAGGACAUCAGUGUCCCCGUGCUGGACGACCAACCCGUCAGCCCAUCAGACAUGCCCGAGGUUUCUCCAGACCCCAAACCGGAGCUGAAGACUCUGAAAUGGGCCAUCGGUCAGUUUGCGUCGGUGGAGCGCAUCGUCGGGGAGGAUAAAUACUUCUGUGAGACCUGCCAUCAUUACACCGAGGCGGAGAGAAGUCUGCUGUUCGACAAAACCCCUGAAGUCAUCACCAUUCACCUGAAGCGCUUCUCUGCCAACAGCUUGGAGUUGGACCCGUAUGCAGGCCUCUCUAAAGUGAACACUCCCUUGCACACGCCCCUGACCUUGUCUCUGGAGGAGUGGUGCACCAAACCCUCAUCAGCCGGCGGUCAGCACUACCAGCUGUUCGCCGUGGUCAUGCACAGCGGCGUGACCAUCAGCUGCGGCCACUACACCUCCUACAUCCGCGUGUCUGGCCUGAAAGACGUGAAGCUUUGGAUGCGGGACAAAAAAGAAGCGGAGGAAGGCGAGAAAGAAAGUAAGGAGGGAACACAGAAGGAUGCCGUGUCAGACUACGACGACGGGGAGGUGUCCUUCAACCUGAACGCCAGGGGGCAGAGAUGUGCCAGUUUAGCCAAUAGGAAACCGGGGAGCAAGAAGCUCUCAGAGGGGGGUGUCGGACUCCUGGGGGGGCAGAGGAGUCUGUCCAGUUGUGACCUCGGAAACGGCGGCAGCGGCAAGCAAACGGGGAAAGCAACGACCAGCGGAGCGGCAGAGGGAUCCAAGCGGAGAAAGACCAUCAACGGCUCCAAGCAGAGCGGCGAGGUGGGACUUAAGAAGGAGCCCGAGGAGGCGGAGGAGGCACCGGCGACGUCCUGCGGCGGGAUGGAGGCCACGGAGGAGCAGGCGCUGACCAGUCUGCGGGAGUACGAGGGGAAGUGGCUGCUGUUCGAUGACUCUGAGGUCUGUCUGUUCGAGGAGGAGGAUUUCCUGCGAGCUUGUUCCCCCGAGACUUCCUCCUCGUCAACGCCGUACCUGCUGUUCUACAGAAGGAUGCCUGAACCUGGACGCUAAAAUAAACACAAAUGAACGAUGGCAUAGACUUGUGGAAAUGCUUCAGUGCCAAAAUGACUUCUGUUGCCAUGGAGACACAGACACCGAGGACACUUUCCAGCCCACAGAGCUGCACCUGCUGUGGGACCAAAGCCUUCUCCACUCUAACGUUCAUGGAAAUCAACCGGGUCAGAGUGACUUUGGAGAGGUUUGCUAGGUGUCGAGGAUGACGAAGCCUUUUUUGUAGUCGUUUUAUUUUUUUAUUUUUUUUUACUCUGUACUGUAAUUUUUUUGACACUGGCUUUAUUACUCAGUGUUUUUUGGUUUUUGUUUUUUCGGUGGGGGGCUUAAAUAUCAGCUUUGUUUUUGUAAAGUGGAAAAAGCACUUUUGAACUUAAGUUCAAAAAGUCAGAAUAAAGCCCCUCCUACUUAUUCAUUCUCUGAAACUGCCAGUGUCAAAUAUUUGGGUUUUUCUUCCUAUAAUAUUUUCUAAAAGCAGUUUUUCCACUUGUCAAAUUACUUUAAUGGUUCAAAAACCUACCAUGCCAGAGCUUUACGUAAAGGCAGCAUGGCAUGUAGGAUUAAAACACGCAAAGUUUAAAACACAUUUUACCACUUGCCAAGUCAAAACUAAUUAUGCGACCAAGAUUUCUUUGAUAAGCUCUAAAAUUUGUAUUUUUUUAUUAUAAAUUAUACUUGAACAUCCAUCCCAGUAUUUUAAAUACUUAAAGAUUUCUAAUUUAGUUGUACAGCUUUAGCUGUAAUUGAGGAUGGAAAACAAGAAUUAAAUUAUUCGGAGAAAGUCCCGCAGUUACGCUGGUACUGGAUAUGGUCCACCCUUACUUUUCCUUUUCUUUUUUUAACUAUCUCUUUGUUUUCACAGAGACGUUUUAUCUUGAGAUGCAAAAGCAACGUGCAUAAGUGUAAUGUCUUAAAUUUCUGCUGGUAUUUUGAUGAGGGAGCUCUUUUUGUGGUCAGAGUUUGAUAUGAAAUGUGUCCUUAAUGCUUCAACAGUUUAUUUAGGACUAUUAAAUAUUUAGUUCUGUUAUAUUACCUGAAGUGCUGAGUCGGUGACGACUCAGCACUUCAGUAAAGGUGACGUUCUUCUUGGUUUCUGGGAUUAGCAGUAAUACUUUAUAAACACUGGUGAAUGCACGGGAAAGGCCUCAAAGACGUAAGUGUUUCUCUUGGGAGAUAAAACCUGAAAGUAUCAAAGUGUACUCCAUCCCAGCUGUGAUGACUUGACAUGGAAGGUUCAUACGAUGAGCAAUAAAGUUUUUACCUUCGCGUCCUCUUCACUGAUUCGUUCUCACGUGUACGUUUGACUCCAGCUUAGCUUUAAUCCUACAUGCACACAAGAACAGGACAUUAACACCGUCCGAACAUUAAAAUAUUUAUUUAGUAAAAUAUUUAAAAUGAAACAAAACAACAUAAAAUUAUACAAGGAUGUUUUAAGUACCUAAUUUCAAAACAUUGUUCAACUAAAUAAUAAAGCAUCAUGAUAAAUACUGGUACCAUUUUUUGCAUUUUCUUUUCCUCCCAUCUUUUUCAAAUACAUAAACUUUCAAGUUGUAAAAUGCAUCGCUACACCAUAAUAAAAAAAGUGCACACAUGAAAUCGAAUACAGUUAGUUUUUGUUUUUUUCCUUUUUUGUUUGACACAUCAUAAUAGAAUUAAAAAGACACCUUGACUUUUAAAAUCACAUUUGCAGACUCCUAAAAACGUAAAAAUGUUGGCGGAAAAAGGUUUUUUUGGCACUUAAAACUGAUCUCGGAGCGAUCCUCGUAUCGAGCCGGAAGUUUACGUUGGUGGUAACAGGCAGGGUGAAUGUUUGCUUUUAAAGGUAACACGGGAUGAGCAAAGAACGUGUAUAUGCCAAGGUAUCUCUAAUCCCCAAGAUCCAUUUGUUCGCUUUGCUAAUUAUGUAACAGUUCGUCUGUAAACAAAUUAAGACACUGGAAUGACGUACCAAGCUGUAACUCUUUACACACUUUCCAAAGCAUUGGCCACCUUUCAAGAGACACUCCUAUUUACACUUGAGAAUAAAUUAAUAUUUCAAUUUCUGUUCUUUUUUUCUGGGUGUGGGUGAGUGUGUGCGUAUCCUCUUCAAAUGUCAAGCUUGCGAAGACUCAAUCUGCUGAAGGAAUCUCUGCAAAAACGAGUAAAAACAUUUGGUUUACAAAGAGAAAAACACUUUUUCUUGCACUCCUGCCCAACGUGAAACAUGUAGA